ACACUCCACAUAGACAGUAGCCCCAGAAUGGGAUUGAACCCGGGUCCCUGGUGCUGUGAGGCAGCAGUGCUAACCACUGAGCCACCGUGCCGCUCCCUUCUAUUUCAACAGUCUUUCAACUUUAAACACAUUCAUCACAGUCUUCCCAGAGGAUUAGACUGUUCUCUCUCAUUAGAGAUGGCUGGUGGUGGUUUAUCUUGAGGGUCACCACACCUCAGCCGAGGGGCAAGGCCGAGAAGGAGAUCCUCCCAUUUCUCCAACUUGGGUGAUACAUAAUGUGAAGCACCUUGGUAUACUUUUGUUGAAAUAUUAUCAUUAGUAUUAGCUGUUGCUGUUGCUGUCAUUUAUUGGCAAGACUCAUGUCAAGUGAAACAAUUUCAGCAAGAAAUUGUCAACUGGCAGAGCUCCCCCACCCGAUGCCAAAAAAGUGAAUGGUUUUGUUGGUGAAAGAAAAUUGGCAAAGAAAAAGAAAUUAAAGUGUCAUGUACCUUUAGAAAGAGUGGAAGGGUUGAUGUUUCAAAAUAAAUGAAAACAACAUUUAUGAAGUGGAGCAACAAACUAAAUUAACAACGUAAUAAGGUGAAAGGGAAUAAUGGACAAAGCAAUGAAAACAAUGCUGACUCUAAUUCAGCAAAGUAUUUGAAGACUGAAGUUUAAAAAUCAACAGAUGAAGGGCCUAUACCUGAAUUAUUGAUUCUCCUGCUGUUUGGAUGCUGCCUGACCUGCUGUGCUGUUCCAGCACCGCACUUUUCAACUCCUCUCCAGCCUCUGCAGUCCCCACUUUCACAUCAAUGUCUGACAGUCACUCAAUCCAUCGGGACCUCAACGAUUUUCAACUAUGAUUCUGUGAGAAGGAGCAAAACAUUUUGGUUCCUGUUUCAGACCAUUAUCAGCAUCAGCGGGACUGGAUGAGAGUCUCUACUGUUACAGCGCACUGUGUGUAAAGCCUGAAACAGUUAUACGGCCAGGAAAGAGGAAUUUACUGUGGGCAGGGGCCGUACAUGGGGCUGUAGCUGCGGCCAUGGUGAAACCAGAGGAAUCCCACCCUGUGGAGAAACCGUGGAAGUGUUGCGACUGCGGGAGAGGCUUCCAUGCCCCAUCUGUCCUGGAGAUUCAUCGGCGAAGUCACACCGGGGAGAGGCCAUUCUCCUGCCCCGAGUGCGGGAAAGGCUUUACCUGCUCCUCCCACCUGCUGGACCACCGCCGAGUCCACACUGGGGAGAAGCCAUUCUCCUGCCCUGAAUGUGGGAAGAGCUUCACCUACUCCUCUCACCUGCUGGCCCACCAGCGCGUCCACGCUGGGGAAAGACCCUUCCCCUGCUCUGAGUGUGGGAAGGCCUUCAGUAAAUCCUCGGAUCUGCUGAAGCACCAACGGGUCCACAGAGGGGAGAGGCCAUUCAGUUGCCCUGAGUGUGGGAAGGCCUUCAGUGAUUCCUCUACCCUGCUGAGGCACCAGUGGGUCCACAUCGGGAAAAGGCCGUUCUCGUGCCUUGAGUGCAGGAAGGGCUUCACCCGCUCUUCCGCUCUGCUGACCCAUUUGAGGGUCCACACGGGUGAGAAGCCCUUUAGCUGCCCUGAGUGCAGGAUGGCCUUCAGUAGGUGAGGCACCAGUGAGUCCACACUGGGGAGAGGCCGUACUCCUGCCUCCAGUGCGGAAAGUGCUUUACCCAGCCCUCCAACCUGCUGACCCACCAGCGGAUCCACACCUGCGAGA